CAGCAACAUUUGCAGAUCACCACAUAAGCACAAUGUCCAAACUAGCAAACCGCGCCGACUGGGCCGACGACGAGGAGUUCGAUGACCCCUCCGCGCUCCCCGCGCAACAAAUCACGACGAACAAAGAUGGCACCAAGACCGUUGUGUCAUACCGCUUUAAUGACGAGGGCAAGAAGGUGAAGGUCACCCGCCGGAUCAAGACUACCGUCGUGAGGGAACAUGUCAACCCCCAGGUUGCGGAGCGGAGGUCCUGGGCCAAGUUCGGUCUCGAGAAAGGUCACGCUCCUGGACCGUCGUUCGAUACUACCUCCGUCGGUGAGAACAUCGUUUUCAGACCCAGCGUCAACUGGAAGGCACAGGCCGCUGAGGCGGAGAAGAAUGGUGGCGAGAAGGGCAGCGUGAAGGAUCAGCUCAAGGACAAGAAGGUCAAGUGUCGUAUUUGCAGCGGAGAGCAUUUCACUGCCCGUUGUCCGUUCAAGGAUACUAUGGCGCCUGUCGACGAGUCCGCCGGUGGCGAGGGUGCCGCUGGUGCUGCGGAUGAGGCUGCUGCUGGUGGUGUCGGUGCCGGAAGUGGCAGCUAUGUCCCUCCUCAUCUACGGAAGGGUGCUGCUGGCGGCGGCGAGAGAAUGGGCGGCAAGUACGAGAAGGACGAUCUGGCGACUCUGAGAGUUACAAACGUGUCCGAGUUGGCGGAAGAAGGAGAACUCCGCGAUCUGUUCGAGCGCUUCGGCCGCGUCACCAGAGUCUUCCUUGCCAGAGACAGAGAGACCCAACGAGCCAAGGGCUUCGCUUUCAUCAGUUUCGCAGAUCGCAGCGACGCCGCACGCGCUUGCGAGAAAAUGGAUGGCUUCGGUUACCGCCAUCUUAUCCUCCGCGUCGAGUUCGCGAAGAGAGCAACUUAAACCACCUUCCCCUCUCCAUACCCUUUCUUCUCAUUUCGGUUUACGACACUUUUGGAUCUUUUGAUCAGGCGGGCUUCCAUCAUGGCUGAGGAAUCUUUUCUUUGUAUUGUAUGAUCUGAUCGAUAAUGAUGAUUACUGAAAGGCAUCCUAACCGUGUCAUAUACAUUUGCGUUUGUCGAUUUCCAUACAAAGAAAAGUACGGUUCUAGAGGGGUUUCUGAUUUUUUUCUUCAUCUGUUCUUUAAUUCAUUCCUACCAAUUUCAAAGGGAAGACGAUAGACGGGACCUAGUAUUCAAAAAAGAAAGAGAAACAAAUCAGACUAGGGAGAAAACAAAAGCAGACCACAUAUAGCUCAACCCCAAAAAACCC